GGAAGAUCUGGCUGGACAACGUGCUGUGCAACGGCGGCGAGAAGAGCAUCGACGCCUGCAAGUCUCGCGGCUGGGGCAGCAGCGACUGCACCCACGAUGAGGACGCCGGGGUGGUCUGCAAGGACGAGAGGAUCCCCGGCUUCGUGGACUCCAACGUCAUCGACGCCCACGUGGACGAGAACAAGGUGGAGGAGGUGCGGCUGCGAGUGGUGGUGGGCGGAGCCAAAAGGAGGAUGCCCGUGACGGAGGGCGUGCUUGAGGUGAAGCACAAGGACAGCUGGACCCAGGUCUGUGACCUGGGCUGGACCCCCAAGAACACGCGGGUGGUGUGCGGGAUGCUGGGGUUCCCCCACGAGCGGAAGGUCAACAAGAAGUUCUACAAAACGAUCAUAAAGAGGGCAGCGGUGAAAGUCUCCAAGCCAAAGGUUAACGGGACGGCCAGUGCAAGGCAACCAACCAAAGCUAAAGCUAACGCUAAAGCUAACACUAAAUCUAAACCCAGCGUCUCUGGCAAAAGGCUGUCCCUGGAGCGGCAGAAGCACCACUUCCUGGUGCACUCGGUGGCGUGCACGGGCACGGAGGUGCACCUGGCCGCCUGCCCACUGGAGUUCAGCCGGCCCAACGCCACGGCCUGCCCGGGGGGCAUGCCCGCCGUGGUCAGCUGCAUGCCCGGGCCGCUCUUCACCCUCCACAGCAACGCCAAGAAGAAGCUCAAGAUCUCGGCCAACGUGCGGCUGAAGGGGGGGGCCCGGGUGGGGGAGGGCCGCGUGGAGGUCCUGAAGAACAGCCAGUGGGGGACGGUGUGCGACGACCGCUGGAGCCUGCAGUCGGCCAGCGUGGUGUGCAGGGAGCUGGGCUUCGGCAGUGCCAAGGAGGCCCUCACGGGGGCCCGCAUGGGACAAGGCAUGGGCCCCAUCCACAUGAACGAGGUGCGCUGCACUGGCCUGGAGCGCAGCCUGUGGGCGUGUCCCUUUAAGAACGUCACCAAGGAGGACUGCAGCCACACAGAGGACGCGGCCGUGCGCUGCCACGUGCCCUACAUGGGCCUGGAGGACUCGGUGCGGAUUGUGGGCGGGCGGACGAAUUAUGAGGGCCGUGUGGAGGUAGAGGUGGGCCCGCGGUGGGGGACAGUGUGCAGCGCGGGCUGGACCACCAAGGAGGCCAUGGUGGUGUGCAGGCAGCUAGGCCUGGGCUACUCCAUGCACGCCGUCUCUGAAACGUGGUACUGGGACAGCAGCAACGUGACGGAGAUGGUGAUGAGCGGGGUAAAGUGCACCGGGGCGGAGAUGUCGCUGAGCCAGUGUCAGCACCACAAGGUCCUCAACUGCCAGAAGACCGCCGCCAAGUUCGCUGCUGGGGUUAUCUGCUCCGAGUCGGCCUCGGACCUGGUCCUGAACGCGCCGGUGGUCCAGGAGACGGUCUACAUCGAGGACCGCCCGCUCCACAUGCUGUACUGCGCCGCCGAGGAGAACUGCCUGUCCAAGACGGCGGCCAGCGCCAACUGGCCCUACGGCCACCGCCGCCUGCUGCGCUUCUCCUCCCAGAUACACAACAUCGGCCGCUCCGACUUCAGGCCCAAGGCCGGACGCCACUCCUGGGUCUGGCACGCCUGCCACGGCCACUACCACAGCAUGGACAUCUUCACCCACUAUGACCUGCUCACCUCCAAUGGUACCAAAGUGGCCGAGGGACACAAGGCCAGCUUCUGUCUGGAGGACAGCGAAUGCUAUGAAGGGAUCUCCAAACGCUACGAGUGCGCCAACUUCGGGGAGCAGGGUGUGACGGUGGGCUGCUGGGAUCUGUACCGCCACGACAUCGACUGCCAGUGGAUCGACAUCACAGACGUCAAGCCAGGGAACUACAUCCUACAAAUCGUUAUAAAUCCAAACUUUGAGGUGGCGGAGAGCGACUUCACCAACAACGCCAUGAAGUGUAACUGUAAAUACGACGGCCAUCGCAUCUGGCUGCACAACUGUCACAACGGCGAUGCCUUCAGCGAAGAGGCGGAGCGUCUGUUUGAGAAGUACCCGGGUCAGCUCAACAACCACAUCUCUUAACGCGCACCUCGCCGUCUGCGUCGACGUUGUUAGUUUUAUUUUUUUAUUACCUACGUUCGUACAUUUUAUAGAACACUUCUCACGAGUCAGAAAGAUUUACAUCAAGAACCCCUUUUGUUGGCCUUGCGACCCGUAUUCCUCGCCCCUCACCCCCUCUGAUUGGUUGGUUGUUGUUCCGGUUGAUGACGCCAUGACACUUCAUAUCAUCCAUCAGGGAAUGUUUUUUUUACAAAGAGUUACUAUACUUGAAUAUUCGAGUGCUACUCUAUUUCUAAGCUAGUUUUAAGUUCAACGUAAGCUUAUGUUACGUUUUGUUAAACGACAGGAAUA